UGGCCACCAGGCUGACUCCUGGUGUAAGCAGGGUCUGAAACACAAAGGGACAUCUACUGGCCCCAGAGAGGGCACAAUGGCGUUUCCACCCAAGUCUACCUCGUCGCCUUGUUCCAGGGGGAAGGGAGGAGCUUCAUGGGAACCAGCAGAGGAGCUUUUAGUGACGUUUGAAGAUGUGGCCGUCUAUUUCACAGAAGAGCAGGCCCUCCUGCUGGACCCUGGCCAGAGAGCUCUGUACAAGGAAGUCAUGCUGGAGAAUUUUGGAAACGUGGCCUCACUGGGUGAAUGUACAAAGAACGGCUUAUGGUUGGGGCAUGGCCGGUGUUUCACACGAAAAGCAUCUCUCACUCAACACCAGAGAAUCCGCUUGGGAGGAGAUGCUUCCAGCUGCUCAGAGCGUGAGAAAUGUUCUUCUCAACCAGCAGAACUUGCGAAUCGUCGGCGGGCCCACAUGGAAGAGAGGCUGUAUCAGUGUCAGGCGUGUGGGAAAAGUUUUGCUUACCAUUCCAAACUCAUCGUGCAUCAGCGAGCGCACACAGGAGAGAAACCCUACAAGUGCCGGGAGUGUGAGAAAUGUUUUGCGUACAAAUCCUGCCUGAUCAAUCACCAGAGAAUCCAUACGGGAGAGAAACCCUAUCAUUGCCCAGAGUGCGGGAAACGUUUCGCUCAACAAUCUGCUUUCGUCAUUCAUCAGAGACUCCACACGGGAGAGAAACCCUAUCGUUGCCCCGACUGUGGGAAAAGUUUCGCUCAACAGUCCGCUUUCGUCAUCCAUCAGAGAAUCCACACAGGGGAGAAGCCCUACAAAUGCACAGAGUGUUGGAAAUGCUUUCCUCAGCUUUCCGAUCUUCUUAACCAUCGGAGGGUUCACACAGGAGAAAAACCCUACACUUGUUUGGAAUGCGGGAAAUCUUUUGCACAGUGCUCCGCGUUGGUGAUACACCACAGGGUACAUAUCGGAGAGAAACCCUAUACGUGCGUAGAGUGCGGGAAAGGUUUUCCGCAGCAGUCCGAGCUUGCGAAACACCAGAGAAUCCACACAGGAGAGAAACCGUACAUAUGCUUGGAGUGUGGAAAACGUUUCCUUCAGCAGUCGCAUCUGAGCGGACACCAGAGAAUCCACUCAGGGGAGAAACCUUACAGCUGCGGGGAAUGUGAGAAACGUUUUUCCGAUAAAUCAAACCUUCUCAGUCACCAAAGAACCCACACGGGAGAGAAGCCCUACAAUUGCCCAGAGUGUGGGAAGCGUUUUGGCCAGAAAUCACAUCUGGUGAGGCACCAGAGAGUCCAUACGGGAGAGAAACCAUACAGUUGUUUGCAGUGUGGAAAACGUUUUACUCAAAAACCAAAUCUCUUGAUGCAUCAGAGAGUGCAUUUGGGGUAAAACCUUGCUUGUGACAGAAUGCACUUCAUAUUUAAAGUAGAGGGUUCCUUCCCCUCAGUGUUUGCCAAUUAAUCCCUUUUGAUUUGGAUGCUUCUGCUAAUUUAGUUUCCACUUGGCUCUCCAAACGUAAGAAAAACAAAAGGCUAUCAUGUGAAAGGCUGGACUGGAUGAACC